ACGAAAACGAACGUCGUUUGAAUACAUUUCGGCAGGUUUUUACACCAUUUUACAGCAGAAUAUUAAUUUAACCGUUUCCUUUGCAUAUCUCACAUAUAGCCUCACCAUGUCCAAAAGAAAAGUAACAUUUGAGGACGGUAACGGAGAGUUUGAUCUCGAAGACGACGUCCCGAAUAAAAAGAGUUGUGAAGCUGUCAGCGGACCAGGUUCCAGGUUCAAGGGUAAACAUUCCCUUGACAGCGAUGAAGAGGAUGAAGGAGAGGAAACAAACAGCAACAAAUAUAAUAUUUUAGCCAGUGAUGAUGUGGAGGGUCAGGAGGGAGCAACAAUUGACUUUGAUGAGGGAGUUUCUAUUACUCCUUUCAACCUGGAAGAGGAGAUGCAGGAAGGACACUUUGACUCAGAGGGAAACUAUUUCAUCAAAAAGGAGCAACAGAUUAGAGACAACUGGCUUGACAACAUUGACUGGGUGAGAAUAAGAGAGCAGCCUUUCAAAAAAAAGAAGAAAGGUCUUGGAGCCAAACGUACACGCAGAGCAGGUGACGAAGAUGAGGCUGAGGAAGAAAAACAGAGAGAAGAACAGCAAGCAGACCAAGAAGAAGACGAGGAAGAAGAGGCAGAGCCACCAGAGGAUCCGCUGGCAUCCUACACACAGCGUCAGCUCACUGAAGCUCUGAUUGAACUACUGCAGCCUGGAGAAACAGUUGCUACUGCGCUCCGUCGGUUAGGAGGCCUUGGACGGAAGAAGGGAAAGCUGAGGGAAGAAAAUGAAUCCACAGAGGAGACGAAACGGGACACAGAAAAGCUCGAUCGGCUCACAGCACUAGCUGACCGACUGGUUGGAUCUGGGAUGUUUGAAAUCUAUCAGCAAACCUAUGAAAAAUUGGCCUACAGGUUAAAGAGCAUGAGUAGGAAGCAGCCAGCGGUGGGGAAUGAUGAAGAAAAUGAGCUUGACAUGUUUGCUGACAAGUUUGAUGAGAAGCAUGGGGAAACAACUGAGGACAACGAAGAUGAUAAAAGAGUGAGUGAUGAAGUAAUGUGGGAGUACAAGUGGGACAAUGAGGUUAAUUCAGAAGUCUAUGGCCCUUUCACCAGCCAGCAGAUGCAGGACUGGGUGGAUGAAGGCUAUUUCAGCAGUGGUGUUUACUGCAGAAGGGUGGACCAAGAGGGAUCUCAGUUCUACAGUUCCAAGCGACUAGAUUUUGAACUCUAUACGUGAUUUAUAUCCAGUAUUAAAUACAUUCAAAUCAUAUGCUUCAUCUACAAUGUUUGUUCAGCCUUUUCAUGAUUUUUCAGGUUUUUGGUGUCAGAGCUGUCAUUUUAACACUGGUUUUGUUUUCUGCACAUUAUUUUUUAAAUAAA